CAUCCUCAUCUUGAUUACAACAUGACCAACAAAUCAACUGAGUGGUCUGCAAAGAAAGAAAAGAAGGGCACUUCUAACUUGGACACAAAGUCUUACAAGAAAAAAGUUGCUCCUGCUAAACCCAAGACACCGCCUAUGAUGUCCGAACCAAUUCUCCUUACGAAACCUAACAAGCCAAUCACCAAGGCUUCCGCUAAACCCGUUGAUGCACAUAGUAAAAAGAAAAUACGUACAUCCAGAAAGUCAAGAUCUCGCGUACGCUCGUUUAUUUCACUUUCAAUUGUAUCGUAUUUGGGGUAUCACGCACUGUAUGCUUGCGGCUCUCCUUUUGAGAACAACGAUGACAAGGCUGCGAUUUGUGCCGCUAUUGAUCCAAUCAAAUUAGAUCUCUACGCUAUCUACCAAUCAAAUCUAGUCCAAACAAAUGCAGGUCCGUACUUGGAAAAGGGUAACGCUCUCUAUCUCGAAUACGGUGUUCCCGUUCAAUCGAGAGUUUCCGAACUGUACUUGCAACACGGUAAGCCUGUAGUCGACCAGAGUUGGAUGGGAGCUCAACAGGUUUAUAAGCAACAAGUAGAACCCAUCUAUAUGGCUAAAGUCGCUCCCAUGAUCCACCCCUACCUUGCUCAUGCUAAACCUUAUUAUCAUCAACAAUUCAACCUUUUGUUAACUCAAACCUCAGAAAAGGCGAAAGAAGCACGCGCUGUCCUUCAGUAUCAAUUGGAUCAUUUACCUCCUCCUAUCCAACACGCUAAAGAAACUGCAUGUGCUCAUAUUAAGGAUUGGAUUCACCGUGCGGAACAUACUGAUCUGUUGCCCAUCUUGUUGAAAUAUUAUUGGGCCAUAGUUGAUUUCCUGCAAUUCGAUCUGUUACCCGUUGUAAAACAGAGUCAUGUGGUCACCCAAUUAAACACCUACUACGUGGCGAACAUGAAGGAUUACGUGGAUUUGAAUCUCAAGCCUGUUCUCGCUCAUUUACCCGUAGCUAAACUCGUCAACUUUGUACGCGCUCAAUUACCUAUCCGUCCUUCCCAAAAGGUUUACCCCGUUGCCACUUCCGCAUCCACACAGCUCAAGACUGCUCUCCUUGCUCCCAAAACAAAAGAUAUCCCUAUUACACCUCCUGCUGAAGCCAAGACCGCUGUAACUAUAACCAAAUCAUCCGCCCCUGCAUCCGCCGCCACCCAUCUUCAUCAAAAGCCCGAACCUACCAUCGAUGUCGAUGGUAAUGCCCAUGAUAUUGUGCAAGAGAAAUCCGUAAAGCCUACCGCUGCUACCGAAUAUGCUCCUGACGCUGAAAAGGCUGAAGCCAUCUAUGUACCUACCUGUAACUCUGCUGAAGAACAAUUGGUCGUCGCUAACACGGAGAAACACCUUGUUGCUGUACCCACUGACAAGGAAGUGUUUGAACUUCAUAAAGAUGAAGUCAAGGCUCAAGCUGUUAUUCCUCCUGUUAAAAAGGAAACACCUACUAUUGUACCUGAAAAAGAAGAGGAAGAAAUCGUCUUUAGUAUUCAAACUGAAGUACCCGUGGUUCCCAAAGAAGAAGAAGAAGUUGUAUUCCGUAUCCAAACUGAAGUCCCUUUUGCAACUGAGGCUGAGGUAGAGGAAGAUGUUAUUGAGGUAGAAGCACCUACUGCUUCUGAAGAGGCUGUUGUUGAAACAAAGGCACCUCAUGCCAAGGAAGAAGAGGAAGAAACUGUCUUCCGUAUCCAAACUGAAGCCCCUGUAGCCAUGGCUACCGAAGAAAGUAAAAAGAGUGCAGAAAAGGAGAACAUUGUGGUUCCUCCUGCUAUUCAAAAUGAAGAGCUUGUGCUUGAAUCAAGAGGUGAAAAGAGUGAGGAGCCUGCUUUUAUCAAGGUGGACGAACCUGCUGUUGAACAUGAACAGGUUGAUUAUGAGGAGCCUAUUGUUAAAGUAGACAAAGUAGAGGAACCCAAAUUAAAUAUCAAGGUGCCAGUCAAGAAGGAAGAGCCAUCUGUCAAGGAGAAUGCGCCAUCUGUCAAGGAGAAUGAGCCAUCUGUCAAAGAGAAUGAGCCUGUAUCCAUCUAAGUUCUGGAUAUAUUCAUCAUCAUUAUUUUUUUAGCAACGACAAAAAAAAAAGAGUGUACAAGAAAAUUUCAUUAUGUAAUAAAAUUCCCUGCAUUUAAAUCAAA